CCCGCAGGAAAAAAGUCAUAAUUCUCAGUGCGGUCCCUGGACAAAUAUCCGUCUCGCAAUCAGCACCGCCCCUCCUUAACGCACAUUCGUAAGAGUACUCCCGUCGCUGCUGCUCGACCUCGCCAACGGACUCUCUCCGCUCGUUAUCGCAACAGGCCUUGGCUUCACAGAUCAUCACCUUCCGUAUCAACAAGUACAAUGUCCGCGGUUACAGCGCGUUGUGCGCGGUCCAGAAAAGGAGUGCUGAGCCUUUCCUCAAAGGUUCCUUCCCCGUCAGCAUGUGCGAACGUUUUGGGCGCAAGUCGCUAUCCGUUAUGUCAGAGAAGACAGCAAAGCUCCAUCGCAAGCCCUCAGCACGAAGACGUUUCCCACGAUGCAUCGCCUCAGUUCUCGUCGUCGCAGCAUAUCAAGGCCAAUCCCGUUACGGCAUCGAGAACCUCCGCGCAGGUCCACUCCCCGGCACGCAACCGCUUCACUCAGCAAGGAAAUUCCCCAGACGUUGAUACGUCGUUUAUUGGGAUGACGGGAGGGGAGAUCUUCCACGAAAUGAUGCUGCGACAUGGAGUAAAAACUGUUUUUGGAUACCCAGGGGGUGCAAUUCUGCCCGUUUACGACGCAAUCUACAACUCGGACUACUUUGACUUCGUCUUGCCUCGGCACGAACAAGGCGCAGGGCAUAUGGCAGAAGGCUACGCUCGCGUAACAGGGAAGCCUGGUGUGAUCCUUGUGACAUCAGGGCCCGGGGCCACAAAUGUCAUCACGCCCAUGCAGGAUGCCUUGAUGGAUGGAACACCGUUGGUCGUGUUCUGUGGUCAAGUCCCUACCACCGCUCUCGGAACCGAUGCUUUUCAGGAAGCUGACAUCGUUGGCAUCAGUCGUGCGUGCUCGAAGUGGAAUGUUCAGGUCAAAGACAUUGCCGAAUUACCACGCCGCAUCAACGAAGCUUUCCACAUUGCGACAACGGGCCGACCAGGGCCCGUUCUCGUUGAUCUUCCCAAGGACGUGACAGCGGGAACCUUACAUAAACCGAUCGUUGGCGGCGUUGGACCAGCUAUUCCUGGAACAAGACCUCCGGCAGCCAAUCACGCACCAUCUCGCAUUACAAUGGAGGCCAUCGCCAAGGUCGCCAAAGCCCUCAAUCGCGCGGAGAAGCCCAUAUUGUACGUCGGACAAGGAAUUCUCAACUCUGACGAAGGGCCGGCAAUUCUUCGGCAGUUGGUCGAGAAGGCCAACGUGCCCGUUACAACUACGUUGCAAGGUCUUGGGGCAUUCGACGAAGAGGACCCACGGAGUUUGCAUAUGCUCGGAAUGCAUGGCUCGGCAUACGCAAACCUGGCCAUGCAAACUGCCGAUGUAAUCAUUGCUCUGGGAGCACGCUUCGAUGAUCGUGUGACGGGAAAUCUGAGGAAGUUUGCCCCUGCCGCCAAACAAGCCGCUCUGAAAGGCAAGGGAGGAAUCUACCACUUUGAGAUCAUGCCAAAGAACAUCAACAAGGUCGUUGAGCCCACCGUCGCUGUCGAGGGUGACGUAACAGCCAAUCUGAAGCAUCUUAUUGGGAUGGUCGACCAUCGACCAAGAGAAUCAUGGUUCAACACGUUGGCUGACUGGAAACAGAAAUACCCCUUUUCGUUCUCUAAAGCGGAACCUGGAGCGCCGAUCAAGCCUCAAGCCGUCAUCGCCGAGUUAAAUAGGCAGGUUGCUAACCGGAAGGAGGAAGUCAUCAUCACCACCGGUGUCGGCCAGCACCAAAUGUGGGCCGCUCAGUAUUACCGGUGGAGGUCGCCAAGAACUUUUGUCACUUCUGGGGGUUUGGGAACCAUGGGUUUCGGUUUGCCUGCCGCCAUCGGCGCCAAAGUUGCUGCACCAGAGAAAAUUGUUAUCGAUAUUGACGGCGACGCGUCGUUCUCUAUGACCGGAAUGGAGCUUAUGACUGCCAGACAAUUCGACAUCGGCGUCAAGGUGUUAAUUCUGAACAACGACUUCCAGGGAAUGGUCAAACAAUGGCAAGACCUGUUCUACGACAAGCGAUACUCUGCCACAAAAAUGCACAACCCCGAUUUCGUCAAGUUCGCCGAGUCCAUGGGAUGCAAGGGUCUCCGGGCACGCACAAUGGAGGAGCUGCCAGCCGUGAUGGCGGAGUUCCUCGAACACGACGGACCUGUCCUCCUCGACGCUGUUGUAUGCAAGAACGAGCACGUGUACCCUAUGGUGCCUGCUGGAAAGGCUUUGCAUGAGAUGGAACUGGGCCACACGGAGAUCCACGAGCCAAAUCACAAGUUCAACAACUCGUAUAUGGCACCGUGAUUGCCCGUCCUGCUCUGAUCGGCGGUCUCACAGCCCACCCCAUCGACCUAGAUAUGACCAUUGUCCAUAUGUUUGUGUAUUUAUUCUUUGAGAGGUUUCAGGCGGUGUGACCGGGUGACGAAUUGGGGAUAUUGGGCUUGUCGACAUCCUCGUCAAUUUUUGCUAGCAUUACUUUCGCAUGUCUUCUUGUUGACACCUUGUACAGCCCUUUAUUUGUGAACAACAUGAAAACUCGUUUAAUGCCCGUUAAAGUGG